AUGAUGAACAAGACGAAGAAUAAAAGUUAUCUAGAUAUUCUGAGAUAUUACAACAAAAAUGAAUAUCUACAAGGAAAUAAUUUGUACAUAGGGGAAAUUGGAAUUGAAGAGAAAAAUGAAAAUUUAUUUUAUAGAACAGUGAAAAAAGAAAGAUCUAAUUAUGUUGAUGGGGAUGACAUCGGUCUUAACUGGGAUGGAUUUAAUAAUAAUGAAAGGAAUCAUAACUUGGACGAUGAUAAGAUGAGACUAAAUACAGAGAAUUUUUUUAAUGUACUUUUUUUAAAGAACAAAAAAACUGAUAAUAAUAGCUACCGCUGUACUAACCUUUUUUCACAGAGGGAAUGUAACAAUGUGUACAAGAAGAAUAUAAAAAAAAUGAUAAGAUGCAAAGGCAGAGAAAGAAGAAUAAAACCAAUAGAUGAAGAAAAAUUAAUUAAAGAAUUAAAAAGAGAACAAAGGAAAAAAAAAAAAAAUAUAACGAAAGAACAUGGAUGUAUAAAAAAUCAUUAUAAAAAAAUGACACGUUAUUUCUUCAGUUAUAAAAAAAGAAAGACAUGUACCAUUUGCUUUCUUAAUAACAAUUCUGAGUAUUUAGAAAAGUGUAAAAAUUGUUCUCUGUAUUUUCACAUACAUUGUUAUAAAUUAUUUCGUGACAAUUUCAACUUGAGUAAUUUUUUAUGUGACCUUUGUUUGGAUUAUGACGAUGUCGAUUCGGCUGACGAUGUCGAUGCAGAUGGUGAUGCCAAUGCUGCUGAUGAUGCCAAUGCUGCUGAUGAUGCCAAUGCUGCUGAUGAUGCCAAUGCUGCUGAUGAUGCCAAUGCUGCUGAUGAUGCCAAUGCUGCUGAUGAUGCCAAUGCUGCUGAUGAUGCCAAUGCUGCUGAUGAUGUCGAUGCUGACCACUACGUGAGAAAGGGCAGUGUUCCACAUUCUUACAAGAAGAACAACGCAAGUGAAAAUUAUAGGAAAUAUCAUUUUUCUUACAAAAAAAAAAGUUGUGACAUUUCGAAUGGUAAUGAUGUAGAUUCCCUCAAUUCUGUUAUAAAAGAAACGCAGAAGAAAAAAGGAAAAAAAAAUUGUUUUAUGAAAAAACGGCAUUUUUUUAAAUGUCUGAGUGAACCUGAAUUUAGUAAUAAUAAUGUUGAUACCCCCUUAACCAAAUGGGGAAGAAAAAUAAAUGGAGGAAUUAAAAGAAAAAUAGAAAAUAAAAAGAAAAAAGCACAUGAUGAGAAUGGUAACAAUACCAUCCUUCAUCGAGCUAGCGAUUAUCAUUCUGAUUGUAGAUACAAUCAAAACCUUAGUCAUGGUAUAGGACCUUAUAAUAAAAAAUCAAAAAAACAGAUAAAGAAAAAUGAGUUAGAAUUUGUUACAAACAAUAAGAUAUUACUUCGAAUGAUGAAUAAAUUGGGUAAGCCAUUUCAUAAUUAUAGAAAAGUAGAAACCAUGUGUCAACAUAGUCAAUACACGCAGAGCACACAUCGGUGUCAUCCGUGUUCACAGAAACAGAUGCAGAAAUGCCAGCUCAACCAUUACACUCACGUAAUCCAAUAUAUGCAUAUUAUUCAGCACAAGCUAAGGUUACAUAAACGGGAAGCACGAAAAAUCAAAUGCAGAAUCUGCAAUCAAUCUAACACAAAUGUAUUAAUGAUUAAGAGAGAAUCAGAUUUGUGGUUCCAUUUAUGCUGCUUAUACUACAAUGAUAUUACAAAAGACCAUUCAUUACUGCAUGUUUAUUUUGAAUAUUUUUUCGUUAACUUUUAUAACGAAGAUUAUUUUGCUAAUUUGUAUGCAAAUUUGAAAUCGAUAAAUGAAGUAAUAAUACAGAAAAUUAAAGAUGAGUUAUUAAGUAAUUACAACACCAUUGUACAUAACCAUUCCUUUAACUUUUUGAUGAACCCAUUCUAUUACAAUUUGACGAUUAAACAGAUAAAAAAUUUAAUAUUUUACAAUUUUAUUUUGCACACCAAUGUUUUGUAUGAUUCUUAUGCAUGCACUAGCGGUCCAACAACUGGGAAUGGUGCACCUGUCAGUGUAGGAGCUGGGAGUGAAUAUAUUGACAAUGGAAGCAUCCCGUGUCAACCACUAGUUGACAGUAAUGAGCUAGAUGGAAGAAACAACGGAAGAAUGAACAACUUCACAAAUUUAAGUUGUAUCAAUAUAGAGGAAAUGAAACAUAAUUGGAAGUAUACAGAUCGGCUUGGACACCUUGGAGGUUUUUAUCCCAUUUAUUUUAACAAAAACAGGAAAAAGGAGAUUGAAGAAAAUAAUGAGAACCGACACAAUGAUAAUGUGAAUAGCGAUGCUAGUAGUUAUAUAUUAAGAAACAGUGAGUCUAGCUAUAGUGAUAUGAGUUCUGAGAGAGAGAAUACAAAAGAUGAUACUCAAGAAAUGGAAGAUGGAGGAGGAGUAGGAGGGGGUGGAGAAUAUGAAGAAGAUCAAGAAAAUGAACAAUAUAUAGACGAAUUAUUGAGUAUACAAAGCCCAAAUGAAUUAAAUAAUAACAUGUAUUGUAUAGAUACAAAUAAUUGUACCAUUGUGACAGAAGAUAAUUAUUACAUUACAGAUGUUAUGCAUAUAAUAAGUAAUCACACAAAAAACGAAAUAAAUUUGAGUGCAACAAAACAGAAUGAAUUGAAUGCAUUUUUUAAAGAAAUUGAACAAUUAAUAUAUAAAAGAGAUUUUAUUCAUUUAAAGAUACUUAAAGAAAUUAAACAAAAAAUUAUAGAAUCAGUUGAAAACAAUCAUACCAAAAUUUGUAUUUUCUGUAAAAAAUUAUCUGGAAUUAAAACAAAAUGUAUGUUUCCAUCAUGUCAUUCAUAUUUCCACAUAUCUUGUUAUUAUGAUUUUUUUUUGCAAAAACAACGUAUCAUGAUGAGGCAAACGAAUGGAUACAAGAGUCAUGUAGUAACACAUCUUAGAAAGCAAAUGUGGAACAAAUCAAAUUCCACGAAUUUGUUAUGCAAAUUGAACAAAAUUGUUAAGAAGAGAGAAAAAAGAAAACGACGAUUGGAAGAUAAUUGUCAAGGCAGCAAUCAAGGGAAUAAUAACACCUCCUGUACAGGUAAAAACACCGAUGAUUUUGUUUCUAUUGAAAAUGGAAAUCAUAAGAUUAAACGUGAAACGCACAUUACAGAAAAGACAUGCAUAACCUCAGAUUCAAUGAUUAAAAAUGUUCUUCAAUUAAAUUCUGAUGAGAAUGUGCUCGAUACAGAAAUGGUCAUAUAUACACAAGAAUUCUCAAUUCCAUACAUUCGAAAUAUAAGGAGAAAAUUGAUGGAUAAUGUUGAGCACGCAGGGAUGAUGGUGAUGAAUAAGAACUCCGUAGAAGAGGAAUUUGAUUUAAAAGUGGAAUCUGAACUAGAGCAUGAAUCUGAGUUGGAGCAUAAAUCUGAGUUGGAGCAUAAAUCUGAGUUGGAGCAUAAAUCUGAGUUGGAGCAUAAAUCUGAGUUGGAGCAUAAAUCUGAGUCAGAACAUAAAUCUGAGUCAGAACAUAAAUCCGAAUUGGAGGAGAGGAAAAAAGUAAAUGAUAGUUCAAAAGGCAAGAAACAAAUUAGUGAAUCAAAAGUAAACCCAAUGAAAUUAUUAUCAAACAUGGAAUUUCUUGAAAAAAUUAAUUCACAUGUUAAAAAGGAAUUAAUUGAAUUCUCAGCUGUAUCGUCAAUGAAAAACAAUAUGGAAAUGAAAUUAGAUGAACAUCUAUCAAAUAACAAAAAUUUUAUUGGCUUUAGAGAUGUUGACAACAGAGGAGUAAUGAAUGAAAUCAAAAAUUUCAACAAAGUGAGAGCGAAUAUUGGGAAUAUCAAAUGUGAAUGGAGAGAUGAGAAAAGUGCACAUUUUAAUGGUUCUGCUCCAUGUACACAAAACAGCUGUGUCUAUACUAGCCAUGUUAUUAAUCCUAUGGGUUCUGAUCAGGUAGGCUGUUUAUCAAAUAAUCAGGAGAGAUGUUUGAGCACAGAUCAUAGGAAAAUGAAUAUCAUCUCCUUUGACAAAAAUAAAAAUGGCACACACGAAGAAGAAAAGUUUAUCCCCGUGGUCACAUCAAAUAGUCAUCAAAAGCUAUUGAUAAAUUAUCAAAAAGAAAAUCCAAUGAAACAUUUUUUCUGCCAGAAUAUCGAAACAGGAGAACGAAACAUUAGUAAUGCUGUUGAAAAAAUUAAUUUGCUUGAAGAUUUAAGAGUUGGAAGUAUGAGUACAAGGAAGAACUCGGUUGUACAUAACAAUUCUGGAAAUUUUGUUACAAGGGAUUAUUUGCCAAUGAUUUGUUUUCCACGCCAAGGUACAAGCGAGGGUGAUGAGACAAAAGAAAUACGUGAAAAACAAGAGCUCAUGGAGUUUAAAAAUCCAAGUGAUAAAUCUGAGUUGAAGUUGAGCGAGGAAAUUAGUGAGCACCGAGAACAUGAAAUCAUGCAGAAGAUGACAGAGAAAAAAAUGUCCAAAAUGUGUUUAGAAGUGAUUCCAAAGGUGACUCCAGACGUGAUACCAAAAUUGCAUGCAAGAGGGAACAGGACUAGAAGGGCCGACGAUGGACACAGCUUUUCCUCAUUGUCAUCCCUCCUACGUUCAUCCAUAACAUCCGAUUGUUUGGAGUCCUCGUUUGGGUCGAUCAGAUCAUCCGACAGAUCUGUGUCAGCACAAUCCAAAGCAUGCUCUGAAUCUGAAUCUGAAUAUUCAUCGAUAAUUAAAUCACUGUCCUCUUCAUCUUCCAGUUCAUACGCUUCCCCAUCGUGCGACUCAUAUGAAUAUAAAGAUCAGUUACCAAAGCAUGUAACAGUAGGCAAAUGGGAUAGUGAUUACUCUUCUUCCUUUUCUUCUUCCAUCGCUUCAUCAUUAAUUUCCAAUCUGAAUGGCAAGACCAAAUCAUUUUCAUCAUCACAUUCAGUAGUAUCAAAUAGAUCAUGUAUAAUUAGUAACUCAUUAAGUAGCAGUAAUUCACAAGAAGAAUUUUCCUCUUCACAUGGUGAAGUCAUUUCAAAUUUAAAGCUGGGAGACCAUAUAGAGAAUACAAAGAAUAGACAUAAUAAUGUUAUUAAUCAUACUAGAAGGAGAAAAAAAAAACUGAAAAAAAUGAAAAAAAAAAAAAAAUAUUUUGAACAACAGUGUGAAGUACCCACUGAUACAGAGUGUUACACAAAAAAUUCAAAUCGAAAAAACAGAUUAGGUCUUUUUACAACCAAUAUACAAAACAAUGAAAGUAUCCAUGUAGAAUUGAAACACGUAAAGCUGGCUUUAUGUAACAUGCAUAAUAAUGAAAAUGAUAUAACCACAGUAUUGAAUCUAAAAUUAAAUGCCAUUAAUAAUAGAAAGCACAGAAAUUUGGGUUGCAUUUUUUAUCACUACUACAAUUCGUUUCUCUCCUCUGUCUUCUUGGCAGAUAGGUUUGCCAGUACACCAGAGAACGACAAGUUCGAUCUGGGAGACGACACCAAUAAAGAAUGUAAAGAUGAAAAGAGCGAAAAAAAUUAUAAUGCCAAUCAGAAUGGUGUAGAAGUGGCAGGAGUAGAAAUGGCAGGAGCAGAAGUUGCAGGAGUAGAAGUGGCAGGAGUAGAAGUUGCAGGAGCAGAAGUGGCAGGAGCAGAAGUGGCAGGAGCCGAAGUGGCAGUAGUAGAGAUAAAAACACAGGAUUAUGACCGUGGGAAGGAAGAAGAAGAGAAUCAAGAUCUAAACGAAAAGUCAGUGCAAGAGGAAAGAAAAUCGCCCCAUGCUGAAUCAGAGUGCAGAAUGGAUAAACAAAGCCAUAACAUGAAUAAAAGAAAAAUUGAAUGCGUUUCAGGAAUAAUAGAUUCAGGUGAGAAAACAGAACGUAAUGAUAGUCACCAUUAUGAAGGGGAGGACAAAAAUGGUGAGUUUGCUCUUACAGAAGAGAGAAGUAAAAAAAAAAGAAUUAAAUUAAGCAUACAGGGAGAGGAGGAGAUGGAGAAGGAUGGCACAAGCCAUGAUGCGGAUGAAGGGGGAGCAGAGGAUCGUGGAGUUCAGAUGAAACCAUUGAAAUCUCGUGAAGGGAAGACAAUUGUGGAUAAUGACGAUAAUUGUAGUUUGGACAAGGAGAAAAGAAAUGACGAAGAAAAACCCUUGAGCAAUAUCGAAAUGGUGACAGAUUAUGAAAAUUCUCCAUCGCAACAUAGAGCCAAUGAGUACGACACGUUAAGAGAUUUAUUGCAUGAGGAGAAUGAGUGUUCAGAAAAUAUCGAGGGGGUGGCAGAUUUGGCUUUUAGUAGUAGUUCUUCAUCUGGUGGAGCAAAGAAUAAAGGAAUAGAAACAGGAUCAGAUGAAGUAAUUAUCAGGGAGAUCGAUCAUAUAGAUGAAGGAAUGACUGAAACAAAGGAGACAGAUAAUUGUGUCAUAAAGGGUGGUGAGAUGUUAGAGGAGAAGGAAGAAGGAACCACGGAAAUUUCAAAUUAUGCUGGAAUAGCCACUCCUGAGAAAAUCGCACAGGAAUCUAAUGCACAAACCCUGAGAAAUUUCACGAACUACAUUGAGAGAGUGAUCAACAGUGUAGAAUCCAACGUAAUUCUGAAGAACAACGUGUGCGAAGGAGUAUACUACUUGAGACAACAGAACGGAGUGAAUAUAUAUCAAAAGGUUAGUGGUAGAUUUAAGAAGCAAUUAAAAAUACAAAAUAUGAAGAAAAAAAAAAAAAAAAAAAAAAAAAAAAAAUUAAGUGAUAUAACUAUUUUGAGAAAUGUGAAUAUUGAUAUUCAAAAGGGGAAUAAACAAAAUAAUAGCAACAAUAUAGAUUUAAAAAAAAAAGUUGACAUAAAUAAAUAUGCUUAUCUCUUCUAUCGACUUCCUUUACUGAUUUAUGGCAGUAAAUAUGUAAAUGACAUUGACAAUUUAAAGUUCAUAUAUCAGAUAAAAAAUGUGUUUCAUCAAUAUUCUGAAUUUACCAAUUCAGGAAAUAUUAUAGCGCUUGUGAAUCUGCUAAAAAGCUAUUCAACACAUUCUAUGUUCCAUAAAAGUGUAACUAAUUCUAGGAAAAGUACACUUGAGAAAGAGGACAAGUGUGUUAGUAGAAGGAGAACCUCAACAAGUGCUGCUCAUGCUACCACCAGUGCAAGAACGGAAAAGGAAUCACAACUGGAUGGAAGGGAUUGUUUGGGAAGGGUGCUUGCCACGAGAGGAGCAGGAGUAGAGGUAGGGGCAGUAUCGAGAUCGUGGAGGGGAAUAUAUGAAGGUGAUACCCAUGAUUCGCGUAGCCCAAUUAGUGAGAGAAUAAAACUAGAAGAUAGUGCUAUGGAAAAUAUGAAUAUACAGGUGAAGAACACAAUGAUGAUUAUGGAUUCAGCGUGCGCGCAUGAGUUAAAAAAAAAUGAAACGAAUAAUCAUAACACUUUUGGAAAUGCAAAGGAAAAUUUGGAAAAUGAUGAUACUGAUCUAGUUAAAGGAAAUACAUAUGCCAGCUCUGUAAGCGUAUAUUCUAGCCAUGUUGGUAAUGAUAGACAUUAUUAUAUGCAUGAAAAGGUGUCAGUAGAUGCACAUGGCAAAAGAUCAAGUACGAGAAAAAGGCAAAAGAUGAAAUUAUCUAUGGAAAGAGAUAAUACAAAGCUAAGUAACAGUGAUCAUCAGAUGAUAGAAACGCUCGAUCAUUUGAAGCAGAACGAAUCGAACAAAAAUGGCAGUAUGAGUGGCGACAAAAAUGGUAACGCGAGAAAUAAUGAAUCAAUCAAGGAAUCCCAAUCGUAUGUAAAUAAAAGUUUCAACCUAGUUUUUUGUGUAUUCGACAAUGGAAGUAAUAUUUAUCUACUUAUAUACGAAUCUGAUAGUGAUAAUAGAAAGAAAUACGCAAAGAAUAAACUGUUAAGGAAAAAAAACGAAUUUAACAAUAUCGAUUAUUUUUUCAGAGAUUUGUAUGAAAAACUACAUCAGAGUAGUUCAAGGGAUGGAGCAUUUGAAAUUAUGAAGUCUCUUUUUUGUAAUAAUAGUAGUACUCUUUCUCAUUCGACUAUCAGUACUGGAGGAUUCUUGGGUGUAGAUGCAAAAGGGGAAAACGAUUCCUUUUCUGUUUCUAAUGGAAAAACUUUACCUAUAAACGCAAUUGACUACACACGGCCAACCAAUGAUUCUUUGAAGCCAAUUGAUUCCAUAGAAUCCAUGAAUGGAAUGAACAAUUGUAUCGGAAGCAGUAGUAAGAUCAAUGGAACUAGGACUAACAUAAAAAAUGGCACAAUUAACAAUGUUAACUAUUAUCUACACAACGGAGGAAACGUAGAUGCAGAGGAACAGAAUUAUUUGAAAUUAAAUGAAAUGAUGCUAAAUAAAAAUCUGCUGAAAAACAUAUUGAAAAAUUUUAAUUUAUUUAAUAUAACCAAAAAUAUGAACCUGAAAUUAGCUAAAGUUAUAGAGCUUACAUACUACGACUACCUGUUCUUAAAGAGGCACAAAUUUUUUUAUUCAAAAAGAGGAGUGAAGAUAUAUGACGUCUGUAACAAUUUCUAUGACAUUGAUAGUGGAGAAAAGAAGGAUAAUAAUAGUAGUAAUGUCAAGGGAGACAGAGGGAACAGUUACAGUAACAAUGAUCAACGCAAUUACAAUAUUGAUAAUGUAAAAUAUAGUUUCCAAAUGACAAAUAAAUUAAAAGAAAUGUUCACGAAAUUAUACUCUGGGAACAGCAAUAAUAACUUAUUUAAUUUUAGGGGAUUUGUAGUUAAAGAAAACUGUUACACGGCCGGAGGAUGUACAGAUAUCAACAUGAAUGUAUAUCAAAGGGAUGAUAAAACUACCUUGGGAUCAUUUAUUGCCAUGUUUAAUAAUUUCAGCACAAUGAAUGGAAAAAAAAAUACCGGGAUAUUUGGAGAUUGGCAGCAAGGCUGUAGCCCAUUUUUGUGGUCUAAGGAAAGUAUUGGAUUACCAGAGAUCUAUAAUCGAAUUAACAGUAUGGAAGGUGAUUACAUAGAGAAUGGGAGCUUCUUAAACCAAAACCUGAAAGAACCUGUUUUCAAUAAAAAGGUAGCAAGAAGAAACGACCGGAGGGACAGACGAGACAGACGAGACAGAAGAGACAGACGAGACAGAAGAGACAGAAGAGACAGACGAGACAGACGAGAUAACAAAAAAAAUAUAAAUAAGAAAGAAAAUAAAAGCAUAUCACAUGAUACUAGCGCCAAUUCGUGUAAUAACACCAACCCGUGUAAUAGCCCCAACCCGUGUAAUAGCAGCCCGGGAAAAAUGUUUUCAAAUGUGACGUGUCCCAACACUGAACCAUGUGAUUAUAACAGCAACUCUGAUUUGGGAACAAACAUUAGUACAGAACAAACCAUCAACUGUGUCAUAAGGACGUACCUAGAGAACUCAUAUGAUGAUGAUAAUGUAGCUGAAUUUGUAAAAGAAAUUAUAAAAAAGUACAAUACAUUCGGGGGUAAUAUUAAAAAUGGAUCGAAGGGUAAACAGCAAACCAAUGAAAUGUGUGUGCACCCAACCAAUAGCUUCAGCUCCUACGAUAUUUAUAAAUUGUUUUUACUAGAUAAUGAGCUGUUGAGUAAUAGUUACGAUGGCUUAAUAGAUGGUAGCGUAUGUGAUGGUUCAAGUGGCAAUAGUGCAUGGAAAAGUACAAGUAUUUGUAGCGGAACUAAUAUGCAACAGGGCUCAAUAUUCAGAAAUAAAGAGGAAAAAAAACUAUACCUAAAUAACGUCCUUUUGGAUAAAAGUGCACUAGUAAACUUUAGAAAUUGCAUUGUUAAGAAGAUGCAAAUGGAAUUUUUUUACAAAAGUUGUAAGAAUAUUGCAAAUAAUAUAGAGAGAGAGAAUAAUUUUGUAGACAUAGAAAAUAUUCUAUCAUUUAACCAGAACAAGAAUAAUUUUAUUAAAACAAUCAAAUGGCGUAAUGUAGAAGAUAUAGAAACGAAGAUUGAUUUAAGUAAAAAUAAUAGCAGCUACAUCAAUUAUGGAGUCAAAAUUAAGGAAAAAGAGAACAAAACUAAUUUAUCAUUCUUAGCAUUAUCCAAAAGUGAUUCCAAAGUUAGUACUAAUCAUUUGAACAUUUUUGGUUCACAUCACGCUACUAAUGAGUUAGUAACCCCCAAUCCAAAUGUCUACAAAAAUGAUUCGUCAAAUUUGCUAUUAAUACCAUCAGAACGGAAUGAUUAUUCAACCAAUGCAUGUACAAAAAGUGAUGAAAAGGAUGAUAAGAGUAGAAGCAAUUUAACCACAUCUAACGAAGGUAGAUGUAUUCUAAACGGAAAUAAUAUUCUCCAAUUGGUGAAGGAUCAAAAAUAUGACGAUUUAGCUAAAUAUGCCAAGAGUACUAACAAUAACAGGAACUUUAACAGUUCAAAGAAACAGUUAAUCAAUGAAGAAAAAAAAAAUUAUUCUUAUUUUUCAAAUUAUGACAAAAAUGAAAAUGGGAAUUUUGAUACUCUCAUUUAUAAUAAUUAUGAAAAAAUGAAAGAUCUGUAUAACAAGCUAAAUGAAGAAAUAGUAAAAAAUAAAUUGAAACUAAUGAGUAAUAUUAUUGAAGAAAAUCAUUCAUAUAACAUUUCUGAUAUGCCAUUGUAUAUAAAUCUAGUUUUUUACAAAUAUGCUUGUGUAAAUAAUUGGAAUUAUUUAAUUCAUAACUUAAAGCAAGGUUUUCUAAAAGAAGAAGCCUCCUUUUUAAGUUUAAACGAUGGGGCUAACAAAAAAAAGGAUAUUGAAAGGGGAGAUGCAAGAUAUGACAAUAAUCAUGGGUCAUUAUUACUAUCAACAGCAUCACCACCAUCAGCAACAUUGAGUGAUGAACGGGGCUGCUCUGGCCGUAAUAUCGGAGACUAUGAUAAGAUUGAUAAACAUAAACCAGCUAGUGAUAAAAAAAUAGAAGAAGGAGUAGAAGGAAGAAGAACUCAGUUGAUUAAUUUAGAGGGGAAAAAAGAGUAUGGCACCGAUGGGUGUAGCAAAAUUUGUGACAAAAGAGUGAAAGAUGCUACACCGUUAGCAGCAGGUGUGUCUACAGCUUCUGCUCCAUCUACCUUGGAGAAAAUUCUAAAGACAAGCGAAUCUAGUUUUAAUCAAAAGAAAAAUGGGAAGAAUGAAAAAAAUAGCAAAAAUGAAGAGAAGGAAAAACCCAAGGAUUUCACAUGUAGCGUUUGUUUCAAUAACGAGAUGAGUAACAUAAAUAUUUUUUACAAAUGUGGUGAAUGCUCUAUUCACAUGCAUAAGUACUGUUACGGAAUCUAUCAGAAAGGAAGGAGUGAUGAAUUUUUGUGUGAAAAAUGUGUUUAUAGCAAAAAUAUUAAUAAAACAAGAAAUCAAUGUGAAGAUACCAAUAAGAGUAAUAGCCAUUCAAAAAAGAAAAAGAAAAGUAGCAACGGAGGAGCUUCAAGUUCUAAUAGUAACAACAUUUUGCACAACAAUGUUAACGAUCUACACGAUAACACAAAAAAUAAUAUGCUUGAUGCGUAUAAAGGAUUUGAAUCUUGCUGUUACAUAUGUAAGAAAGAUGGAGGUGCCUUGAAAAAAACAACGUCAAAUCAUUUUGUUCAUCUUUUUUGUGUUUUAUUUUUUAUAUCCAAAGUUUUCUGUUUAAAUAUUUACAAUUUGAAUAUGUGGAACAUUACCAAUUUGAAUACGUUUGAAAAUAUUUGUUGCAUAUGCAAUAAAAAAGGAGCUGUCAUACGUUGUAGUUAUUGCCAAGAAAAUGUUCAAGGGGAAGAUUCACUGAUCAGUAGUGGUACGUAUAACAUUUUUAACACUCAUAAAAAAACUGCCAAAACGUUUAAGAAGUGUAAUAAAUUUUUUCAUCCAUUAUGUGCCUAUUUGGAAGGGUAUCAUAUGAAAGUUGAAAUUUAUGAAGAUCUAUUUGUGACGACAUAUUUUUAUGACAACUGCUUUUCUUAUUUUGAUGUUAUAACACACUGUAAUGAUCAUAUACCCAUGGGGAGUUACCAACAUAGGGAUGUUAUUAAACAGAAGAGGAACAAAUUGUACAUGAGCAACAACAACUACAAUGGCAAUAAUAAUAGCAAUACGAAUGACGAUUUUUCGUUUCACAAAUCGAAUGACCAAAAUACAAAAAUGAAGGGGGAAAAUAAUAGUCAAAGUAAGAUUGCUAACAAGGUUCCAAGUUUAGAGAUCCAACAGAACUGUAGUAAUACUCUUCCAUCGUUCCAGAGCUUUGUGAACAAUGGUUUAACAAAAGAGGAAGAAGCAUACAACGAAAAAUGUACGAUGGAUAGCAUAGAACAAGCCAAUAAUAAUAUUAUACCAAGAAAUAAAUUAUGA